UCUACCCGGUUGCGGCGUUUCACUUCAUCUCCGAUAUUGCGGCUGAAAUUAUGUAACGCAUAGAACGCUCCCGUUCUGCCCUUCGACGGCUAAUGCCGACCGACGGGCUAUCUGCCCCGUUCCGGAACGCUCUAGCCAUCUCCUUUCCUGUUCUAGGAAUCAAUUGCUGCCAAGCGAUUUCUGAACUAUUUCGGGACAAUAUGGAGGGAUUCGGACUUUGUCUCGCAAGUGUCUCACCCUGUCUCGCAUUAGGCAAAAACGUGACCUUGUUCCCGCCUGUGACGUCACGCGACACGAUCAGAACUUUGCUACUUGCUCGCACAGUAUUACGUUGGAUUUUGAGUGUCGUAAAAUGUUUACAUAAUGGAAUGACGCGCAAGAAAGCCAGAAAAGGAAUGCUUAUGACUUUAAAUGCCAAACUGGCGGAUUAUGUAGUUUACGUUUUAUCGUAACGGCCACAUUAAAUAUUAUGGCGUCUUUCCUUUUGACUGAUUGCAUUUCCUUUGUAAGCAGCUAUGGAAGGCGCGUGGGUAAAGAAUAUCAACGGAUGGCAAAUAAUAAAGUGGACCUUCUGAACCAUAUCAUUCGCCCAACUCUGUCUUGACUAAUGUAUGUAAACAUGAAUCAGGUGAUGCUCGCCGGAUUGAUGAAAAAUAUCUAGUGAAAGCAAUUUUCUUGUUCAUUAUAAAACAUCGAAAAAAGUGUCCGAAAAUAACUCCUUGAAGAAAAAGAAUUGUCGCAUUGUGCAUUGCCUAAUAAAAAAAAAAAAAAAAAUAUUUCCUAACGAGUUUUUUUACCUCUGUAUAUACAAAAAUUUAUAAUUAAUUUAAUUUC